AUGACAAGCAUCUCCCCAUUUGUGAUAGAAAAGACACUAGAGAGUGUAGCUGGAGUGCCGAAAUCGGUAAAGAAGUUACGCACAGGGGAUCUGCUUGUUGAGGUAGAAAAAUCAGCACAUGCUCGAAAUCUUUUAGAUUUAACAUCAUUCUUCAACCGUCCGUGUAAGUGCAUUGCGCACCGCACUCUGAAUUCCUCAAGGGGGGUCAUUCGUUGUCCCGACCUUGCUGGGGUGUCAGGGACGGAAAUUGUGCAAGGGCUUGCUGACCAACAUGUUACAGCUGCCAGACGCGUCAAAAUUAAAAGAGAUGGAAAGGAAAUCAUAACCAACACUAUCAUACUUACAUUUGGCGUCCCAUUCCUUCCUAGUUCUGUAAAAGUAGGUUAUCUCCACACAAAGGUCACCCAAUACAUACCAAAUCCCCUUCAGUGCUACAACUGUUUCAAAUUUGGACACAACGAGUCAAACUGCAAAGGAGAAUUCAUAUGUCAUAAAUGUAAACAAAGCGGUUUCUCUCAUGAGCCUGACAGGUGCAAGGGUCCAUUGUGUUGUGUGAAUUGCGGCGAGGAACAUUCGGCCAGGUCUCGCGACUGCAAGACAUGGAGGAUCGAAAAGGAGGUCCUCAAUGUCAAGUUCACACAGGGCAUUGGAUUUCCUGAAGCUAGACGAAUUGCGAAUGCUGAAUUUAUGCCACUGUCACUAACAACAACAUAUUCUUCCGUCACAAAAUCAAACACAAACAAAUCAACAACGUUUUUUGACGCGUCUACGCAAACCGAUUCUGAACCUGUCCCAAACAUACCAAAGGAAAAACCGAAAAUAACAGAAAAACCUAAGCAGACAUCACAAGUUCAAACUGCCGCCACUAAACCAACACUACCACCAGCUGUACAAAAUGUUCCCAGCAAGGGAAAUACAUAUUCUGUUGGCAGGCUGAUGGAGAAAGAACAAGUAAUGGGUAUAGCUAAAUAA